UACAGGUGAGUAGAUAUAUCCUUUCUUGACCCGGAAAUGCAAUUCAUCCCUCUCUGCUGCACGUGGGGAAGGAUCAACCAUGGGGAAAUCCAAACAAGUAGGAAACCACAAAAGUGACAAGAAAAAGCACAUUUCAAAGACAUGGAAGACAAAGCGCAGGACUAAAGACCUGGACCAGAUCCACACAGACAUGAAGCCUGACACGGCAACCAAGCUGCUAAACCAGGACGUGGACUACGAUGUGACAGGAUGUGCACAACACUACUGCUUACACUGCGCGAGAUAUUUCAUGGAUAUGAGAUCCUUAAAAGAGCACUUCAAAACUAAAGGACACAAGAAACGGUUGAAACUGCUCAGAGAGGAACCCUACACACAGGCAGAGGCAGAGAGAGCAGCAGGUAUGGGCUCAUACAUCGCUCCAAAAACAGUGGAAGUGAAGACACAGACAGUGGAAGAGGACAUGGACUGAUGAACAGAAUUUUACUUUUACAAAAUGAAUAAUGCUUCUAAUAUUCUUUUGCUGUCACAAAUGUUUAUGAGUGCUUUGUGAAAUGCUUUUCAUGUGACACACCUAAUUUGUCCGACUCGGUACAGCUGUUAGACUUCUGGCUAUUGCCAGAAUCAGGACAGCCUUACCUGUUAUACUGGGUAAUGUAAUGCAACAUGUACCAAUGCAAAUAUUGAGUAUGUGUACAACUGUGUGUACUGCUAAUAAACUGUAACAUCGAGUGGA